AUGAUGGUGAAGGACAAUGUGUGGCGUCAAAGGAGGCUCGCGGUUCCAAAGAGAACCAGCGAGCUCGUUGCCCUCAUCGCCCUCUCCAGCACUCUCUUUCUUUUUCUACACACACGUGAUCUACAUUCACGAUUACGUGAGAUGGAAGUGAAAUUGCAGCCGGGGGAUAAUGAAAUUUCGGGGAAUCAAAUAUCAUCUGAAGAUAUACAGUCGGGACUCGGAGCACAGCCACUCCAAGGGCUCAAGAGAACCAGCAUAGAAUUGUACGAUCAUCUCGAUCCGCUGGACAUAGAUGCGUUGAAUAAUACAAAACGAGCGGAUAAGCAUGUAUUAUUCUUCAAUCGUGUGCCUAAGGUCGGUUCACAGACCUUUAUGCAACUGCUGAGGAGACUCUCGAUGAGAAAUGCCUUUGCCUUCAACCGAGAUCAAGUGCAGCGGGUUGAGACUAUCCGACUGGCGCCUUAUGAACAGCGUCAGCUUGUGAGGCUCGUUAACAGCUAUUCUGAACCUUCUGUCUACGUCAAACAUGUUUGCUUCACGAAUUUUUCCGAGUUCAAUCUUCCUCAACCAAUCUACAUGAACGUCGUCCGGGAUCCGGUUGAACGAGUUAUAUCCUGGUAUUACUACGUUCGUGCACCCUGGUACUACGUCGAGAGGAAGCAAAUAUUCCCAGACUUACCACUGCCAGAUCCUGAGUGGUUGAAGAAGGACUUUGAGAGUUGUGUGUUGAAUGGUGAUCGUGAGUGCAGAUACAUCGAGGGGGAGUAUCAUGAGGGCAUUGGCGAUCACAGAAGACAGACGUUAUUCUUCUGUGGUCACAGUGAAAAGUGCACACCUUUCAACACCGUGGGAGCACUAGAAAGAGCCAAACUUUCCGUGGAAAAGCAUUACUCAGUCGUUGGUGUACUGGAGGAUGUUAAUACAACACUAACGGUUCUGGAGAAUUAUAUUCCACAAUUUUUCGAGGGUGCGAAGGAACUCUACUGGGAUGAGAUGAAUUCGUUCAAAAGAAUAAAUCGCAAUUCCUUCAAACCCCCGGUGAGCGAGGAAGUCAAAGAAAUGGUUCGUCGUAAUUUCACCCGUGAAAUUGAAUUUUAUCAGUUCUGUCGGCAACGAUUGCACCGGCAAUUUCAUGCCCUAAAGCUCUCCCCGACAUUAUCAACGAUUCAAGAUAGUGGAAACAAUCUCUAGGAAAUUGCCAACGAAUUCAUUUUUUUAUGAGAAUAAUAAAAAUCAUGCAACUGUUCAUGUGAUAUAAAUAAGAAGACUCUGUUAGGAAUAGGGAAGAAAUUGAGAGAAAUAAAAUGACAGUGUUUAUUAUCUUGUACCGAUGAGAGAAUAUUGUAUACAUGGUCACGAGGGGUGGAAUUCUCAUUGCAAUAUUUAUCGGUGGUUCGACAAUUGGCUAAUCUCGAUCAAGUCACGAGGCGAGAACUAACUUGGCAUGAGCUCCGCACUUGAAGAAAUAUCUAUGUAUUUAAUAAACUAAAAUAGUCAUAAGAGUAAUACAAAGAUUUACGUUAUGAUGCAGAAGUGAUGUUCAGUAGGGAAGUGAUUAAUCGUGUCGAUGGUUUUGUCUUUUUAAUAGAAAUGUAAAUUCCAACGAAGAAAUUUUUUUUCUAAUUUUCUCGUAAAAACGUUAAUUGCUGAGAGUACUCUAUAAUUAAUUGAUGAGAGAAAAUUUUAGAUGAAGUGUUCUACAAUUAACUUUGUUAAUUAUCUCCAUGAGGACUAGAAAAAUGUCACGUUUCAGCACUUCCCUACGGAAUUAAUUCUGUGAAAAAUAAAGUCUGGGGAUUUAAUUUCAUUAAAUUUAUUGUCUUAAUACAACAUGUAGAACAACUUUUACAGAUAAUAAUUUUAUUGUAUAUGAAUAAUGAUACGUUAGACUCUCAGGUCUCUCUAAUCCCAUUCCCUCCUUCAUUUAAGAUAAUAAUUAAUCAUUUAAUUUCCCUCACUUAGGCAUUUUCAUAUGGGACCAAUAACAAUACAUUAUUUAACGUUCAUUAAACGACUCCAGGUCCCUCGAUUGUAUUUACAUAAUUUCAUUUGUUAUCAUUCGAGAGAUGAGAGGAACUUACAAGCGUUCAUUCUGUGUAAAAUAUUUCGUCAAUAUAAUCGUUCAAUUUUCUGUACAAAGUAAACAACGCAUUUACAUA